UGACAGUUGUCAAAUAAUAUUUUGAAUGAGAUUUUUGUUAAAAUUUCGACGAAAAUACUGUAAAAAUGUCGAAUUCCAUUGCCAAAAUUUUGGCUUUGGACAAACUAGGUACCUUGUUCAACAUUAUUCGUCAAAAUGGUGGCAUUCGUGCAUCACUGUACAAACUUUACAGACAGGACGAGCUGAAGGAUGGUAAACUGGUUGGUGAAGACGAAUUUGGUAACAAGUACUAUGAGAACCCCCGCUACUUCUACGGCAGAAACAGAUGGGUGGAGUACUCUGAUAACUUCAACAUGAACUAUGAUGGCAGUCAGGUGACCCCUGAGUGGUUUGGCUGGUUACAUUACAAAACCGAUUUACCACCAUUCAAUGAUCCCGCCAGGCCCAAGUACAAGUGGAUGGCUCCAGCAUCGGAAAACUUAUCGGGCACCACUGGACAGUAUGUGCCAUACAGCACCACUAGAGCAAAGAUAGAGCCCUGGAUCCCUCCUAAGAAGAGCCAAUAAUUUAUGUCGAGAUCAUAAUAUUAAGUUGUUACAAAUCAUUCUACAAGCUACUGCAUAAUGGCUUUUAUAAGUGGCAGAGACAUUUUUAUUUUCUAAGAGCAAGAAAGUUGUAAUUAUAGAAUAAGUAGAAAAUAAAUCAAUUGCAAAA